AUGAAGAGGUAUCACUUAAUUGUUCAAGAAGGUCAUCCUUCACCAUGGCCCGAGUUGAAAAGGCUGAUGAGAGCUAAGUAUGUGCCAGAAAGAUACCACCAAGGAUUACUUGCCAAAUUGUAUAACUUAAGGCAAGGAAGCAAAAGUGUUGAAGCCUAUCAUGAUGAGUUCCAAAACAUAAUCAUGAAGUUGGAAUAUAGAGAAAUUGAAGAGCAUGUCGUGAUUCGCUUCAAGGUAGGGUUGAACAAAGAUAUUUCUUCUAAGAUGACCCUUCAUAGGUUUGCUACUUUGAAUGAUGCUUUUGAAGCCGCCCAUGAUAUAGAGCUAGAAUUCAAGAAGGAGAAGGUGGUUAAGUACAAGACUUCAUCUUUCAAUUCUUGGAGCAAGAACAAAGGGGGAGCUCAAACAUCGUCGGGUUGGAACAAGGGUUCGGAUGUUAAGAAGCCCUUUGAUGGAAACACUCCAAGGUACCUGCCUAGAGACAAAGGUAUCACUGACCCAACCAAGAUCACUAAAGGUAUUCAAUGUCACAAAUUUAGGGGAUGGGAUCAUAUAAUGCAUGAAUGUCCCAAUCGAUUGAUUGCUCUACUUCAAGGAGGGGAAAUAUAUCUUAGUGAAGAAAGGGAGAAAGAAGAUGGUGGUGAAGAAGAUCUCAAGAAGAGGAUGAGUUCGAAGAUGAGGAACCGGAUCUUUGUGUCAAAGAAGGAGAGACCGUCGCUCCUCUAUAUGUGCGGGAGUUGUGCAAAUGUUGCUAGUACUGCAUUAGUGGAAUUCUUAAAGCUUCCCACUACUAAGCAUGCUACACCUUACAAACUUCAAUGGUUGAGUGAGUGUGGAGAAUUGAGGGAAUAUGAGUAUGUCUUCCCAAAUGAGCUUCCAAGAGGAUUUCCCCUUCUUUGGGGAAUUGAGCACCAAAUUGAUUUUGUGCCGGGAUCACAAUUGCCAAACAAGCCAGCUUAUCGAAGAAAUCCGAAGGACACCAAGGAGCUACAAAGGCAAGUUGAGAAACUCCUCAACAAAGGCUAUGUGAAGGAGAGCAUGAGUCCAUGUGUCGUGCCAGUCCUAUUGGUUCCAAAGAAAGAUGGAACAUGGCGCAUGUGUGUCGAUUGCCGAGCCAUCAAUAAAAUUACGGUAAAGUAUGGUCAUCAUAUUCCUAGUUUAGAUGAUAUGAUUGAUGAAUUGAAUGUAUCUUGUGUGUUUUCAAAGAUUGAUCUUAGGAGUGGUUACCAUCAAAUCCGGAUGAACCCCGAUAAUGAAUGGAAAACCGCAUUCAAGACCAACACAACCAUGCAUGAUCAUAUUGAGCAUUUGAGGUAUGUGUUUGAUGUGCUUAGGAAGGAACAACUUUAUGCUAAUCUUGAUAAGUGUUCAUUUUAUGUUAAUGCAGUUGCCUUCUUAGGUUUUGUUGUGAGUUCAAGAGGGGUUGAAGUUGACGAGUCUAUAAUUGAUGCUAUUAAGAAUUGGCCAAUUCCAAAAUCCAUAAGUGAUAUUCGAAGCUUGCAUUGGGUUGGUGGACUCAAGGGGAAAGGCUCCGAACACUCCAAGGAAGUACCCACCCAUUGA